AUGUCUUCCAAACAAGCCACCUCUCCAUUUGCUCCUUUAGCCGAUGGAGAGGAAAGUGUAACUCAAGAACGACUGUCAUGGGACAAGGAGGAGAGCAGCGAUCAGCACCUGACGUCUCCGUUGCCUCUACACAACUUGCUGCACAACAAACCUCACUCUGAGGAGCUUCAAAGCGUUGUCACCAACGUUCAUUCAGACUCUGAUUGGGAAAGCAUGGUCUCCGCCCAGCAUCGAAUGGAAUCGGACAGCAAUAAAGUAUGUCCCCUCUACCCUUUCCGGAAUAACUCUACCUCACCACACAAAACAGAAGACGCAGGCCGUGACCGCGGAGAACUCUUGACGAGCUCGGCCUUCGGGACGCCAGAACGACGCAAGGGAAGUCUGGCUGACGUGGUGGACACACUGAAGCAGAAGAAACUUGAGGAGAUGACCAAGACGGAGCAGGACGAAUCUACUUGCAUGGAAAAGCUGCUGUCAAAAGACUGGAAAGAGAAGAUGGAAAGACUCAACACAAGCGAACUGCUCGGGGAAAUCAAAGGUACUCCUGAAAGUCUGGCGGAAAAGGAGCGGCAGCUUUCAACCAUGAUCACCCAGCUCAUCAGCUUACGAGAGCAGCUCCUGGCCGCUCACGACGAGCAGAAGAAGUUGGCAGCCUCGCAAAUCGAGAAGCAGCGGCAGCAAAUGGAGCUCGCCCGUCAGCAGCAGGAGCAGAUCGCCAGACAACAGCAGCAGCUCUUACAGCAGCAGCACAAGAUCAACCUUCUGCAGCAGCAAAUUCAGCAGGUUCAGGGUCACAUGCCUCCCCUCAUGAUCCCGAUUUUCCCACACGACCAACGGACUUUGGCAGCGGCGGCGGCGGCCCAGCAGGGAUUCCUCUUUCCCCCAGGAAUCACGUACAAGCCAGGUGAUAACUACCCCGUGCAGUUCAUUCCAUCGACAAUGGCAGCUGCCGCCGCGUCUGGACUCAGCCCUCUACAGCUCCAGCAACUCUACGCCGCCCAGCUGGCCAGCAUGCAGGUGUCUCCCGGUGCCAAGAUGCCUUCUUUACCCCAGCCUCCUAAUCCUGCUGCCCCAAGUUCGCCUACUGGCCUGAAGAGCGAGAAGCGUGGCGCCAGCCCCGUCACUCAAGUCAAGGACGAGGCCACGCAGCCCCUCAACUUGUCAGCACGACCCAAGACCGCCGAGCCAGUCAAGUCGCCCACCUCCCCCACGCCGAGCCUCUUCCCCAUCAGUAAAAGCAGCCCAGUUAACCUGCCAAUCAAGAGUGGCAUCCACAGCCCUGUGGGCACUGGCUUGGGAAGAGGAUCUCUGGACAUCUUGUCCAGUCUCAACUCAACGGCCCUCUUCGGGGAUCAGGACGCGGUGAUGAAAGCCAUCCAGGAGGCUCGAAAAAUGAGGGAGCAGAUCCAGCGGGAGCAGAUGCAGCAUCACCAGCAGGUAGUGGAGGGCAAGCUGGCGUCUCUCGUUCCCAUGGGGCUUAACAACUGCAGGAGUGACAAGGACAGGGUGCAGUUUGAAAACCUCGGCAAUCCCUUAGCAGGCAAGCUGGGAGAGGACGGCAAGCUGGGUCCUCGAGUCAUUGACCUGACAAGACCAGAAGACCUUGACGGCAGUAAAGCACUGAAUGGCUCUGCAGGUAAACUACAACAGUAUUAUUGUUGGCCAACAGGAGGCGCCAGCACGACUGAGGCAAGAGUGUACAGGGAGUCGAGAGGACGAAACAGCAACGAGCCCCACAUCAAGCGGCCAAUGAAUGCCUUCAUGGUCUGGGCCAAAGACGAGCGCCGGAAAAUUCUGCAGGCCUUCCCGGACAUGCACAACUCCAACAUCAGCAAAAUCCUGGGGUCUCGCUGGAAAGCAAUGUCCAACCAGGAGAAGCAGCCUUACUACGAGGAGCAGGCCCGGCUCAGCAAGAUCCACUUAGAGAAAUACCCGAAUUACAAGUACAAGCCGCGGCCCAAGCGCACCUGCAUCAUCGACGGCAAGAAGCUGCGCAUCGGCGAGUACAAGCAGAUGAUGCGAUCCCGACGGCAGGAGAUGCGGCAGUUCUUCACUGUGGGGCAGCAGCCGCAGAUUCCAAUCAGCACAGCAGCCGGAGUGGUGUAUCCCGGGGCAAUCACCAUGGCGACCACCACACCCUCCCCCCAGAUGACGUCGGACUGCUCGAGCACCUCGGCGAGCCCCGAGCCCGCCAUUCCCGUCAUCCAGAGCACUUACAGCAUGAAGGUGGAAGGCAGUGGCCUGGUGGGCAACGAGACGGUGAACGGCGAGGACGAGAUGGAUAUGUACGAGGAUUACGAGGACGACCCCAAGUCGGACUAUAGCAGUGACAAUGAAGCCCACGAGGCCGUCAGUGCCAACUGAGGUGGGGGUGAGGGGAGGGGGCGCAUCUGCCCACCUGCCCGCUCGCUCGCCCGCUCACACAGGGGUGAGGAAAACACCGAAAAAAAAAGAAAAAAAAAACUCUUCCUUUUUGUUUUCAGAAAAUGUUCUUACCGAGUCUGCAUGCUUGUGUGGCUCCACAUCAGCAAAAUGGUCUUAAAUGUUUCCUAAAGCGUGAAGCAGUUUGAUUGUUUUAAUCUUUAUUUUUAUUUUUUAAACGGACGUUGUUUGUUUCGUUCAUGGACAUUUUCAAGUUUUAGGUUUUUACCUACAAACCUUCAGAUGCCAGGACUUGAAUUCUAACAUUAAAUGCGAACCCGUCGCUCUCUCACAGUCUUACCUUUUACUUACACGGGCGCGCGCCCACGCACACUGGCGCGUGGUGUGGGCACGCGGCGGGGGGCGGGGCGGGGGGGUACGUUUUACUGUUUUUUGAUGGGCUUGUAUAUUCUCACUCAGGUAUGCUGUGCUAGCCAACAGCUUGUGAAUGUGUUUUUAAUCUGAAUUAUUUAAAAAAAAAAAGAAAAGAAACGAACAAAACAUACGAGGAAACGAGCGUGCGGAACGGAUAGGAGGGCAGGCUUCCGGCUCCCAGCUCAGCCCACCUUCUUUCUUUCUUUCUUUCUUUCUUUCCUUCCGGAAUCAAACUCCUCGUGUGCCAAACUCUUCUUCCAAACGUCUUAACAGAGACACUGCAGAGUCUUAGACAAUCGUUCUUGUGGAACAGGACGGCGCUCGGGAAUCUGAAGACGAGCUGCGCAGCGAGCAGUGGUCCGGCACCUGUCCCCACUCUCAUGCCGUCUUAACAGCUCAUUCCAGGGUUCCGGGGGGGAGGGGGGCGUAGGGUCCAACAGCAGCAAAAGUCUUAACGGCGUUGUGCGUCCUGGCAGCACAAACGAGAAACAAUAGAAAAAAAGUCUUAAGUGUUGGGGGGGCAACAGAGUGUCGGGCCAAACCUCGAUGUGCGGAAUGUCUGGCUGGGCGCGACCCUGGGGCGCCAGCGAAUUGUCAUGAUCACUAAAUAGCCGCGGGAUGGAUGUGCUCCCUUGGGCGUCCCCCCCCCCUUGCGGCCAUCUUUGAUCCCACACCGUGUGACAUCUGGAGGAGCCCCCUAGGGGACACCAGCUGUUUACUCUCUCAGCCGCCAGUCAUUUCCAGGUUUCUUCCGAUUGGACCUUAUGAUUUGGGUUCAUUGUUCGGAUUUUCCUCUCCCUUCAUUGUUCACUGAUUCCAUUUCUGAGAUUCAUUAAUAUAUUUUAAAUUAAAUUCUUCCCAUUUCUAUAGCACUUUUCUCACUACUCAAAGCCCUCUCCACACAGGGAGGACCUGGGAAGCGAACCCACAAUCUCCUUACUGCAAAGCAGCAGCAGCACCACCACUGCAAUGCCACCUGUGUGGAGAAUUUGAAAGGUGAGGCCGAGUAUUCGUGUCUUUUCCCACACCAUUUUGUUUUUCAUGGGCUCCACCAUUUUAUCGGUUCUUUGUAUGCAGUUGCUAGGGCCGUUACCGAAGUCGCAGCCUUUGACGUAACUGGGUCAGCGACCAGAGACGGUGGAUUCCAUUUCUCGGGUUUUGCUAUUUGGUUUAAUUGACUUCCAGCUCAUUUUCCUGAUAACAUCUUCUGCCUUCCGAACCAAACGCAGACUUCCUCCGGGUCUCCUUAGGCGGGACAGAAUCUCCCAUAAUUGGGAUGCAUUGUGCUUUUGGAGGAAGAAAAGAGUAAAAGGAGCAGAAGAACAGAUGUAGUCCAGUGGUUGUCAAACUGUGGGGCGCGACGUAACAAAAAGGGGGCCGCGAAGAUAUGAAAAAAAAAAAAAGAAUCGAAAAUAUGAAAAAUCCAUCUAUUGAAACCAAAACAAAUGAACUUAAACUACAUUCUGAUACUAGAAAAAGAAAAGUAGAGUCAGAUAAAUGUCGAUAAAAGUUAAGUAGGUAUAAUAAAAUAUCCAUCCAUCCAACCAUUUUCCAACCCGCUAUAUUCUAACUACAGGGUCACGGGGGUCUGCUGGAGCCAAUCCCAGCCAACACAGGGCACAAGGCAGGAACCAAUCCCGCGCAGGGUGCCAACCCACCGCAGAUAAUAAAAUAUGCAUCUAUGAGAUAUCAUUAAUUAAAAAGAACAAAUUGGUAUUAGUGGGCUCCUUUCAAAAAAACGUUAGGGGGGCGCGUUAACAACUGUUACGAAAACUCGGGUCGCAAACACUUAAAGGUUGAGAAACGCUGGUGUAGUCAUAAACAAAGAUGGCAUCGUAACCGGAAAGUCAAAAAUAUCAUCGCCAAAAAUCAAAAUGAGAGUCGAGAAAUCGGUAAUCAGUACUGAGAACGAUUUUCAGAAAGGGGAUGCAAACAAAGGUGGUGAUGAUCCACGACUUCGGAUGAGAAUUGCGUGUCACGGUUAACUGGGAGUCAAUCGCGGCAGUAAUGCCAAUAGUGGCGCCCAAAUACAAACCGAAAUGGGGUCAAAAAUGGAGCAAAAAUUGUAAAGAGUAGUUAGCUACAAAAAAAACGAUAUCAAGAUUGAAUUCUCCGCAUGCACAAAACGUUAUUAAUGUUCAGUAAAGAAUUUUUUGCGCAAAAGUCUACGUGGGAAUCGGAAUCUCUGUUUGAACUACGUCUCACUUUCCUGGUCCAAUUCCCCCCUUCGGGCAGAGUAACAUGACGUGCGUGAACUCGAUGAUGUCACGGGUCACCAGCAGUGGUGUUCUUCUGCCCCAAGGGUUGGGAAGUGGUAGGCCGGCACUAGGGGGCAAAACUGAGAAGGUGAAUAACGAGAAAUCAACGGCGAAGUUGAAAGCGUGAAGUCGGUAUGAGCAGCAUCACACCUGAAAGUCGAAGGUUUACAUGCACAUCAGUUAUUUUGUAUCCGUAAUCUUGGCCAACACAAAACUACCUGACCUUUACACCGUCUGACUUGUCACACGUCUAUCUGGCAAUGAGUAUGAAAAUCAACCUGAAAUUGCGGAUAAUGUCGCCAGAAAAAAACAUUUUUUUCAAAACAACUUUAUCCGUAAAAAUAGAUUUGAGAAUUGCGUUCAGCAUCGUCAAAGGCCCAAGUAACGUAAACGUUUAACAUAAAACCAAAGUAUAACGCAGGUGUGGGAAAUACAAACGUUAUCAACACUGGGGUUUGACACCUGGCAGAACAGUCGACCGUUCUGUCAAAAGCAAAAUGCUAUCGUGGGCGGAGUGGUGGCUCUGAGGCUAAGGAUCUGCACUGGCAAUCGGAAGGGCGCCGGUUCGAAUCCCGUAAAUGCCAAUAGGGACUCUGCUCUGUUGGGCCCUUAACCUGCACGUGCUUUGAGUAGUGAGAAAAUCGCUAUAGAAAUGCAAAGAAUUAUUAUUAUUAACAAAACACCAAACGACCCGCCUGCCACCGUCAGUCCGAAUAUCCGCAAUCUCGGGCGACGACUCCCAUUCAGCCACAUCGAUGUCGUUUUUUGUCCCCUUCGGCGUGACUUCCAAGGACGCACUCCAGGCAACCACCCCUCGUAUUCCUGGAAAUACCAACACUUAAAAUGGCGGCGCCUGCUAACACAAAAUGGAGUCCUGGGAAAUAACACGUGGUUAAUAAUUUGAUAAUGGUAAAAAAUAAAAUGUGCGAGAGAGAAAAAAAUCGAAGCAUACAGAGGACCGACAAAAUGGCAGAGCAAAUGAAAAAACAAAAUGGCGGUUCAAAACAAAAAAGAAAAAAUCGCCGUAAGUUAAGAACGACAAAUGAAUCUCAGAAGUGGAUUUGACGACCAGAAAAACAAAACGUAAAAUGAGCCCAAAUCGUAAGUCUAGUGGGGCGGCCCGCGUCUCGCCCUUAACCCUUUCUCUUCUUCCGAGUUCCCUCUUCUCGUUUUUAGUUCAUACCUGACCAGGCCAGGCUGGCGAGAAAACUUAACGGAGGUACGGCGAGAAGAUGGCGCCGAUUUGACGAGUGAGCGCUCUAAGCACUGGAUGUCGAGUCUCUUCACCGUUUCUGACUAAUGUGAAGUCUCCCGCUUGGACUCAUGUGGGCAUCUGCCUCACAGUUGCCCGUUUGGUACCCUCUUUUUAUUUUGUUUGUUGAAUUUCCUGUUUGUUGUUUUUGUUUAUUUAUCUGUGAACUCUUUUGUUUUCGCUCCGUCCGGUCCUGUGCUCACGCGAUGGCCGCUACCUGCCCGAGGCUCUGUGCGCCCGCGUCUGUCCGUCCGCCUCGCUUUGUGUAUUUAUUAGCCCGAGUCGGCUCUAAAAAAAGUGAACGGACGGCGCAAAAUUCAAAUUAAGUUAACAAACAAAACUAAUAACAAGAAGAAAGAAAUAAAUGAGAAAGUUUCGAGGACAAUCAGGAAACGACAAAAAGACCCGGAGCUCAAAACAGAGUCGGAGAAGCUCGUCACCGUCUGCCGCUGGCGUCUCGAUUUGUAAAUAUAACAUAGGAAUUCUAUUUUUGUUCGAGAAUCCUUAGUGAAGUAUAAGUUAUGUUGGAAUUUGUGUUUUCGUUGUGCGUCUCUCUUCGUCGCUCCAUCUUCAAACUGACAAGUCGCGAUACCUCAUGUCGAUGCUACGCUCGCCCGGAGGACGCUUCAUUUCUGCACUGCUGUCCAGCCGAGGGGUCGUGCGGCCGUGUCCAGGCUUGGCCAGCGGGUGGCAUCGUGCCAGUUCGGGGCGUAUCUGGGCCGAGCUACUGGGCGCCACUUUAGUGCCCAGUCUGAAAAGACCCAGGAGGGUCCGGUCUGAAUGCCAAGUAAAUACCUGCUCUGUAUGGAUGAGUGCCAACUUGCCAGGUGGCAGGGUCCAGUCUGAAAUUCGUUCCGGGUGGAUUGAGCUACUGGUUAGUGUCCAGUGAGUCAGAGGGGCUGAGGGCUGGCUUGUCCGGUAUGAAUGGCUGAACCGCAACUUGUGGCCGGUGCCAGUAGGGUCCAGGCUGAGCCACCGAGUAACGUUUGCCAGUCUGAAUAGCCAGGCCCAGUAGGGUCCAGUUUGUAUGGGGGGGGGGGGGGUGCCCAAGAAGGCCGUCUGAUUGGCUGAGCACCACCAAGAACCAAGAAGUGGCUGAGGGGUGGGCAUCGAAUCUGUGUGCCCAGUGCAUAGUCACGUUUGGCGAGGCCCCUCUCAUGUGCCCGCCGUGCCCGCUGCGCCAUUACUGUAACUCCGCUCCUUUGCGCCAUGGAGAUUUGUCUGUGAUGUGUUUUUUUCGUGAGGUCGUCUUCUGUGUUAAUUUAAUCAGCACAAUUCAUGACAUGCUGGACUGACAUGCUAGCUGCUGCGCGUCUGCUGUCCGGGACGGCCCCUGUGGCGACUGGCCUCGGCGUGCGGACCCUGGGGCGCCGUCUGGGCGUCUCUCCAUGAGGUGGACUCGUGUCUGUUGCUGCUUUGACAAAUGUAAAUAGUUUAUCCGAAUCUCCUGUACAGUCCAGUGUAAAGUUUUUUGAACUUCGAGGUCGCCAUCACACGUGUCUUCACACUCUUCUUUCUACCGUACAAAAGGCCGCUGUUUGCUAAGGAUAUUAUUAUUAUUAUUAUUAUUAUUAUUAUUGUAUAAAAAGAAAAAGACAAACCAACCAACCAACCAACCUGUCGAUCACCUGACAAAAAACACACCUUUUCGGUUUUCGUUUUACGAUUUUCUUUCCUUUCCUUUGUCGCUUGGCUUUAUUCCGUAAAGCAGCCUCUCAUUGGUUUCCUGUGCAGUAUUGACGUGAGGUAAAACUAAAGGUAAAAUAAUCCAGUGGUACGUCUGGGAGUCUCGUCUCCUCUGUCUUCGUGGUACUUCAUCGAUAUUCACGCCCGAUCGAGACUUCACCCGCCGUUUGGGACGCUCUUCACUUUUUGUUUUUUUUUUUUUUGUUUUUUUCCGCCAUAUUGUAACGUAACGCCAUCUCGUUUUUUAGUUUCCUUUUUUUUUUUCCUAAUCAGUGGAUGUAAGCGGACGGGGCGUCGAGAUCCUCGGGGGGAGUGACUGCCUGUUGAAGCUCAUUUACCUCAAGAGUGUGUCCUCCUUUUCCUAAAACGUUUCACCAUCACUCCAUCUUUUGUACUGCUGUUGACACUUACAAAUUAAAGAGAAAUUUUGUUUUA